AUGAAGCACACACUGGUGGCUGUGCUUUUCCUCAUGCAGGGCAUAAGUGCUCUGGCUGUGACGACAGCAGCAGCGGGAGCGACUGCUCAUCUCAGUACGAUGGUUCCAUAUCUGACUCAGCCUAGGAAUAUGAAUGGCAAAUUGCACACUUCCCCAAAGCUCUUUGCCAAUGUGUCUGGCUCUGUGAAUGAUGAGGGAACUUGUGAGUGCUCUGUAUACUUGCCGGAUACCACCUUUCCAGUGCAGAAGGUUGAGCAAUUGGAAAUUAUGACCACAACGCUCUCAAAGAAGUUUGAGGCAGAGCUUUCUAAAGUUAGAGAGUACUCAAAAAAAAUUGAACUGUAUCAGCAGCAGAUCCUCAAUCUAACCAUCAGAGUGCAACAAGUGGAGACGGGUGGUGUAUCUUACACAGAACUGGACUUCCAGUUACUGAAAGUGGAAAUCAGUGACCUAGAGAGACUGGUCACUCAGCUGAAACCCAGCCUUGUUGGAAGCAGUGCCAUCGUUGAGCAAAUAUAUUUAGAGAUCACUAAUCUGACUAUACUGGUAAAUGAACUAGAGUCACUGGACAAAAACAAUGUCCUUGCAAUUCGUCGACAAAUUGCAUCUCUGCAGAAUCGAUUGAAAGAGUGUGAAGAGAAUGCAACCAAAACUACACCACCCCCUUAUUUCCCACCAGGUACCUGCAUUCACCGUGGACCAAUGAAUGUUAGCCAGCCUUAUGUUGCCAAGCUGAACUGGAGAGGAUUUUCCUACAAAUAUGGGUCCUGGGGUAGAGAUUACUAUCCCUCUAACCCAGAGAAGGAAGUCUAUUGGGUUGCACCAUUGAACACCGAUGGGAGAUACUUAGAAUACUUCAGAAUUUAUAGGUCCUUUGAUGAUUUGCUGCUGUUUAAAUACAUGUAUGAAAGGAGAAUAACAUAUGGGGAAGGAAGUGGUGCUGCCAUGUACAAAAAUCAUUUGUACUAUCAUGCUUAUGGUUCGAGAUAUAUGGUGAAGCAUGAUAUAAAAACAAACACGCAGGUUUUAAGGAAGGAGCUCCCAGGUGCUGCUAUUGGUAACCGCUUCUCUUAUGCAGGUGUAGCAUGGCAGGACAUAGAUUUUGCUGUGGAUGAAAGUGGGUUAUGGGUAAUAUAUUCAACUGAAAAUAAUGUGGGUAACAUUGUGAUUAGCAAGCUCAAUGAGACCACACUUGAUGUGCUAAAUACUUGGCAGACGAGACAGUACAAGCCAUCUGUUUCCAAUGCUUUCAUGUUAUGUGGUGUUCUUUAUGCCACAAGGCCAUUGAACACUAAGAAAGAGGAGAUCUUCUACAUGUAUGACACAAGUACUGGCCAAGAAGGUAGAAUUAGUAUCAUUAUGGACAAAAAGUUAGAUACAAUCCAGAGUAUUGAUUAUAGCCCCACAGAUCAGAAACUGUAUGUUUACAGCGAUGGUUACCUUGUAAGAUAUGAUGUGACUUUUCAGCCUUAG